UGAAAAGAAAGCCGUUACAAGCAGCAUCCGUAGUUAGACUUCCAAGUGUUUACCAGUUAUUUCCCUGUUAAAACCGGUGAAAUCGUUUAAAUUGAUGUAGAAAAGUUAGGAAGUCCAUGUUGAGCAUGUGAAAAGUGAAAAUUUGAAACGUACAAAUCUAAAAACAUCCAUUUAAUAAGUGAUAUUUGAUUUGUUAGCUUUUAAUGAUUUACAAUUGAGAGUGCUAAAGAUCCAUUCGUAUUUUUUUAAUUUGUCUCAUUAAGUGCAAUAAUAAGGUUUUGAAAUAUCAAAAUAAUCAUGUCAACUCCAACAAAAAUAUCAGCUAGCCCUAUUGGUGCAAAAGAAGGAACAAGAGUAAUUUUACGAGAAAUAACUGCAUCUCUUCACAAUUCACCACCUUUAAAAGUAGCAAAUAAGAGUGGGAACGAAACCAUCCUCAAGGCUAGUCCAGAGCACGAAGUUAAAGUGAAAUUUGCUCGAGAAUUCGCUGAUGCUGAAGCAUAUCCACCCGGACGUAAAACUACAGAGAAUAGUUUAUCUUCAGCAAGUAGUUUCUUAAGUGUGACAUCUACACUCAGCACCAAGAGUAGCAGUGGAAUUUGUUUGGACAGCCCAGCAAGAUCAAACGAUUCCUACACUAAUCUAGAAGUCCCUGGACUGGAUGAAUUAAUAUCAGCUUGUGAGAAAAUCCGCUUAGACAACACAAAUCCUAUAGUAGCAGGUGGAGAUCAUUCAUUUGCUGACGCAACAUUCACUUCAGCUACAGACGAAUUACAAUUGGAUCAAACUUUUGAUCUUGCAAGAUCAGGAAGAGUUUCUCCAAGUAUUAAUGAUGCUACUCAGUUCUUGGAAAAGAAUUGUAAUACGACCUAUGCUGCAUCUAAUCCUCCAAGUCCUAGUUUAAAUCGUAAUACAGAGCUUGAUACAUUGCAGAAGAGUUUUCACAGUAGUGAUGUUUUACAGAACAGCCCAGUAAAUAACUCUGUCGAGUAUGAAACAGCAAGUGAAACUUUUUUGCAGUCAAAAUUAAGUAACGAAUCGAUUCAUUUAUCGGUCUCAAAACAUCAAUUGAUAGAAUCGUCAGCAGCAGAAAUUUCUACUGAUCUAACAGCGAAUGAACCUAUAUCUGAAACAACAAAUUUUUCAACAGUAACUACUAAUGAUUCAGCUAAUGUUGAUGGUGAAUUUAAAGUACCAUUUCCUGUGAAAGCUCCUAAGAUACAAGAAAAUAUAAAUAAUCAAACUAUUACUAUUGAACCUAUCCAGGUAAAUCAUAAUCUCAGUACUAUUUUUGAGCGCUCGAAUGAAGCAAUCUCUUCGACUAACGUAUCAUCUUGCUUAGAGAGCACUCUAGGAAAGAGCAAUCAGACUGUAAAUGAAUCGAUUACUUAUGUGAUCGAACCAGUCGAAAAAAAUAAAGUUUGUGAGAAUUCAACAGAAAAAGAAACUCUUGAAGGGAAACGUUUGCCUGAUAUUUCAGUAGUACAACAAGCACCAAAGGAUAUUGAUGAUAAGGUAAACCUUUCAGUGAAAAAAGAAUCAGAGCUAGUUGAAGAAAAUAAAUUGUUUAGUGAAAAUAAAGAAGAGAUUGAAACUGGAGAUUGUGAUUUAGAUUCCACUAUUGUGUUAGAUUCAAAUAUUGAUUUUUCUUCGGAAUUAGAAGGCAAUCAAAAAGAAUCUGAUAAUUCUGAAGAAGUAAAAGAGGUUGAAAAAAUAGAACCUAGUUCCGUAGCUUUGCACACAGAGAAUUUAAAUUUACCUCAAGAUUACGGUGAAUUCACACCGCAGCGUCAAAGUACAAGUUUAAAUUGUAUAGCUUUAAAACAGAAUUCAGAGGUAGAACAGUGUUUGAAGAAUCGUGAAGCAUCUGAAUCUCAAUUCUUUGAUGCACAAAAUUCUACGUUGAAUAUUCCUAGUGAAUUUGAAAAGCUAGAAGCUCAAUCACAAAGUAUUGCUAAUGAUACUAUUGAUAAUACAUCAAUAGAACUUAUUGAUGAACCUGAGCAAUUCGUUUCUGCAUCAAACGAUCUUUUCCGUGAUCCUACGAAUUUUGAUUUCCUGUUAACAAAAACAGAACAAAAAAAUUUGAGUGAUAGACUUAGAGAUUCUCUCUACCAAAAAUUUGAUCCACUGGUGUCAAACACCAGUAUGUUACCUCAAGGUAAUGGCGCGGCUACGCCAUCAAAUGAUGAACGGAAUGGCGAAAAAGACAUAUCCGUGCCUAAUAUUGGAACGCCUAAGCGUAAUCCUGCCAUUGCGGCUAUUGAUAGAUUACUUUUUUAUAGUCCUAUGACUCCGGGUAUUCAAAAGAAUGAAGAAUCUGAGAAAAUCGAAUCUCCUGAAAAAAAUACUUCGAAUACUGUUCCUGUCGUUGACUCUGCCAUGGCAAAAGAGUUAGAAUUAGUUAAAGCGACAGUUUUACAGUUGGAAGAACAAUUAGAAAAAGAAAAGGAAGAAAAUAAAAAUUAUCAGAAACAAAAAGAAGAUCUCCAAGAAACAAUUAAUCAAUUACAAAAGCAGAUAGCUAAAGAAAUAAAACAUAAGAAUCAGAUAAAUGUCGUUGUUGAUGAGUAUGAAAAAUCGAUAAGUCGAUUGGUAGCGGAGAGAGAAAAAGAUCGGAAAAAUCAAGAUGCAGAAAAAACAGCGCUUUUAGAAGAACUUCAAGAAGUUAAAAAUCAUUUGGCUGCUUCUGAAGCAGCUUUUAAUGACGUUCAUGCAAAAUAUGAACGAUUAAAAGUUGUUUGUACAACGUCAAAAAAUAAUGAAAUUGCCCUUAAAGAGAGUAUUGCUGAAAAUGUAGCAACUAUUAAAGCUUUAGAACAUCGGUACGAGCAAGUUAAAAUUCAUGCGGCAGCACGACUUGAUAAAGCAAAUGAAGAAUUAAAUGCAAUAUAUAAACAGCAUGAAUCAGAAAUUUUAAAACUACGAGCAAUGUUAAGGAAGGAGGAACUAAAAAGCAAUUCUUUAACAGAAAUGAUCGAACAAAAAGUAAAAGAAAACAAAGAACUGACGAAAAUCUUGGAUGAAUUGCUUGGAAGAGGUAAUUUAGUAGAUAAAUAAGGAGAGGUUUACUUAAAAAGAAUUAUUAUUAUCAUUAUUUAAGGAACAAAAGAUAAUGUUCAAAAUAUUUUUUUGUUAAUUUA